GGAUGACACACCUGAAUGGAGAUGCUCAUGCCUGCUGAGGCGUUGACCUUUCUAAUCUCGUUAUCUGUGCUGUUCUGUCAGCAUCUAAAGGGGACAGAGAGCUAAUCUCUAUGGGAACAUUUGCUAAUGCCGUUGCAUAACAUUUCAUCUUCACGAAAGCCAAGAGAUCAACUUUACGUAGAUAGCACAUGGAUGUCAGUUGCACAGGUGUAUUAUGUUAGACAUGAAAUCUGCAUUCUGAUCAUAUGAACUCUAAAAACAACUUAUUUGUGCAUAUCUGUUUUAUGGCCCCUUUUUUUGUUGUUUGAAUUGAUGUUAGCUGUAUGAAAGGACUGGGGCAGACUCAGAUUAAAGCAGGAUUAGAGGUCAUGACAUCAUCUUAAGCUUUCGUUUCUUGGACAUGAAGAGAGGCUGAAGAUAAGCAAAGCCUGCUGCAGAAAUGCCUGGAGGCCAGUACCAGGUGGCGAGCGCCAGGCUCCACCACAGCCUCUACAGCCUGACGGACAGCUCUGAUGCUGGGCCUGAGGAUGAGGAGACAGACAACCUCACUCCCCUGGAGAAGCUCACCAGAGAUAUGUGCAAGGACGAGCAGACCAUCAAGGAGCUGAUCAUAGGGCGCAGAAUUGGAUUCUAUAAGGUCCGCGGGGAGAUCGGCUACGGGACCUUCUCCAGGGUCAAACUGGCUUUUCAUGCUCUGACGAGAGAUUCAUUGAACUACUCUCUCCAUGUAUCUCCAUGUAAUGCAAAAGUACUCCCGUCUCUGUACAAAGUGGCUCUGAAGAUCCUGGAUAGGACGAGGCUGGAUGCUGAAGCCCAGCGUCUUCUCUCCAGGGAGAUCAGCAGCAUGGAGGCCCUGCACCACCCAAACGUGAUCCGUUUGUACGAGGUUGUGGAAACGCCGAGACGCCUCCACCUGGUGCUGGAGUACGCAGGAGGAGGAGACCUCCACAGCAGGAUAUGCAACGAGGGAAAACUGUCAGACAAUGCCAGCAAGAUCACCUUCGCCCAGAUCCUCUCUGCCAUCAAAUAUAUGCACAGCAUCAACAUCAUCCACCGGGACUUGAAAGCAGAGAACGUCCUGUUCACCAUCGAUGGCUGCGUGAAGGUGGCCGACUUUGGAUUCAGCACGCAGGUGUCAAACCGCAACAAUGCCCUGGACACCUUCUGCGGCUCACCGCCCUACGCAGCCCCAGAGCUCUUCAGGGACGAGUCCUACCUGGGGCCUCCAGUAGAUGUCUGGGCAAUGGGAGUCCUGCUUUUCUUCAUGGUGACCGGCACCAUGCCGUUCCGUGCCGAAACCAUGGGCAAGCUGCGGCGCUGCGUCAUUGAAGGCAAUUACACCAUCCCCCCCUGGGUGCCAGGCCCCUGUCAGAGGCUCAUAAAGGGCAUCUUGAGGCUGGUCCCCAGCGAGCGAUACGCUAUCGACCAGAUGCUGGGCUGUGAUUGGCUCUUACCUGUGGAGUUCUCCUGGUCGUUUCUCCCUUCCGACUCAAUGACCACCCUGCAGAGCCUGAUGGUCUCGGAGAACGCCAGCCUGGAGGAGGAAGUGGAGGAGGUCAGAAGCUCGCUGGAGAAGCUCGGCUUUACCGGAGAGCACCUGCAAAACAAUCAGCUGAAAGACAGCCGGAGUCCCGUCACCGGGGUCUAUCGCAUCCUGCUGCACCACACCCAGAAGAAGAAGGGCUGCGACUCUCCCCCAGUAGUCCGAGGGAUGGUGAGAGACCCCAAGAGGGAGGGGCUCCGGGCCUACAGGGGCCUCAGGCACACCUCCAAGUUCUGUGUGCUUUCAUAAUAAAGCACUGCUUUUGCACAGACUUAUUUUAUACCAACUUGCAACAAACAGGAACAUUUUUAAGUGACUUGUAGCUUUUACCAUUUUUAGCUUUUGAUAAAUUUGUUUCACUCCUCCUAAUGCAACUCAGGUGUCAACCUGCAGCAAUGCCCCAGACACCUUCUGCACUGUUUGGAAUACCCUAAAUAUUAAAUAAACAUGGAAGUGCCAAAUGAAAUUAAACAAAGGUCGUAAUCAAUGAA